GAACUGAGUUUACCGUCUACCGAGCAAGUUCACGCAUCUUAAUUUUCGACUGUAAACUCGAGUUAAAUCGAUAGCCGGGUUUAGGAUGAAAAAGGAAACAAAGCGACUGUUAAUUCGGGGGAUUCUUUUCGUGCUUUAUUUAACAUUAGGCAUGGUGGUUUUUAGACAACUCGAAUCCCACAACGAACAACUUGGUAUACGGAAGGCGAAGAGAGCUAUAGAAGACAUGUUGGUUAAGUACAACAUAAGCCAUCAAGAGAUGAAAGAAUUCGUUGAAAUCAUAACCGAGGCAGAAAGUUGGGGCUUCACAAGUGGAUGGUUAGAAAAAUGGAGCUUUAUCGGAUCACUUUUCUUCUCCGGAACUGUCAUCACAACAAUCGGUUAUGGACAUUUCGCUCCAAGAACGUUGUCAGGUCGUCUGUUCUGCAUGGCUUACGCUUUUUUUGGUAUACCGAUCACGUGGUUGAUGCUGACGUCAUUAGGUCGAAAAAUCGUGGAGCACAUUGGCUUGGCACUGCAGAACAGAGAAUGCAAACCAGAAAGCAAGCUGUUCAGCCUGUUUUGUCUGCUUGUUGCUAUACUGCUGGCAGCCGUUGUUAUGGGCAUCAUCGCCAUAGUGGGAAUGUUUGCAGAGGACUGGACAUUCUUCGAAGGAAUAUAUUUCGCUUUCAUAAGUUUAACCACCAUCGGAUUUGGCGACUAUGUUCCCAUGCAUCCAAAGUUUGAUCCUGAAGAUGCAGAGCGAUCUUCUUUCGUGAUCUCUUUGUUUGUUUUAUUUUGUCUUCUGUUGUUUUCCUUCGGGCUUGCUGUCAACACUAGUGUUCUAUUAUCGAUACGAAAAAUCAUGGAAGAUAAGGCAAUUUUUGGUUUUCAAUCGCUAUACAGUACGGAUACUGACGGAGAGACAGACGUUGAAGAGGAAGUAACUAGAAUAACAAGAUUAGAAUGACUUGGACUUUAUUAAGUUAUUAUUUUAACAAAAAGGGAGAGUUAAGUAAGUUAAACAGGCAAAAAUAACUCAUCAAAUGCCAGACCCCUCAUCACUUUCAAAUAAUUUCAAACUCAAAUAAUCUGAUUUCUUGGAGAAAGAAAUGCACUUAACUCGCGUUUUGCUUGAACGUUUGGGCCGAAGAACGGAGGAACAGCGCAAGGAAUUAAUAAAAUUGAUGACACAGGUGUGUUUGCCCAUUUCGAGAUUCCCUAGAGAUCUACGUAAAGCGAAGCUGACGAAGAAAUCAUUUCUUUAUUGAACAACUUAAAAAGAAUUUCCUUCGAUUUAAAGCCCUAGAUGAAGCUUAAUCCUAUCUCGUAAAAAGAUAAUCAGGGAUAAAAUAUCUCAGUACCCUGAAAAAGAAAUACCGACCCACAAGGAUUUAGCGGCAUGCGGAGAUGUUCCAUGAAGACAACAAGACAGCAAAUAGAAUAAGUUACCCGCGGAACCAGAUUCCGACCAUCUUUAAAAUAAGUUGAGCAUUCUACUUCUGUUGCAAUAAACUUUAUGUAUUGUUUUAAAAUAAAAGCAAAAAGUUCUCUA